AUGGCGUGCCCCAACUGUCUCGAUAACCUCCCCGAUGAGAUCUUCCUACAUAUCCUAUCCUUCUUGGAAUCGUCCGACGUCGUUACUCUCCAGCGCGUUUCGAAACAUUUCUUGGGGCUCUGCCGCGACGGCAAUUUCUGGCGAAACAGGUGCCUCUCGACCUCGGCCGUCCGUGAACGAAUCAGGCUCUGCCGAUGGGGCCCUGAUUGGAUCGACGAAGACGGCACCAACCUUGGGCAGGCUACCCCGGGGGACGAUCAGAAUGGGGCUCAUUGGAGUCUGCUCGAGAGCCUAUCCCAGCUCGCUUCGAAGAGGAGGGAGAGAGAGCAGAUUCGCAUUGCCGCCAAUUGGGACCCGACGUUUCCUAACGAGAAGACGAGUUGGUACAACGAAUACAUUCGGAGAAAUGCACCGAUUGCCGUGAGCUGGUUUGAACAACCACACGUUAAAAAGGGAUCUUUGAAGGAUUCAGUCGAUGUCAGUGGCGUUGCUUUGUACAGGCCCCAGGGGCGGGAGCUGUUCGCCGUAUCACCCCUCGACGAUGGUUCGGUGUGCUUGUGGGACGUUGAAGGCAGUCGAGGUAGGAAAGGCUCGAUCUUGUCCAAAUCGGGUCCCGGUCUGCUGUGUACUGACGGGCCCGGUGCCAAUCUCACGAAGAGGUCGAAGAUGGUCAGUACGGGUGUGACGGAAUGUGUUAGUGUCGAUAGCCAGACGAAUAGGGCUUUCUUCGCCGUCCAGGGCCAUCUCAUUGAGGUUAAUCUCGAGACGCUACAAGUCGUGGGGAACCAUCCGUUCGAAUGGUCGAUUACUACGCUGUCCGCUGCCGAUCCCACGGUCCCUCUGACGGUUGGGACGCUCCACGGCCUACACUUGCAUGAUUUUCGAGCUAGAUCUCAAUACCAAGGAGGCCAAAUGCGACUAGAUAACUUGGGUAAGAGGGGGGGCCGGGAUUUCACCCGGGUCCUGGAUCCUCGACCACUCGCACCGUACGCUUCUCUCGCGCAGUCUGGCCCGCAGAGCAUCCUCCACCUAGGACUCCCCGGCGACAUCAGCCAAUUAUCGACCGAUAUCUUCGUGGCGGGUCGAUUCUCGAAUAUACUCCAUUACGACCGGCGCAUGUUUCCAGCAAUCCGGGGUUCCAUUCACUCGGGCGCCAAGCUUUGUAGUCUCACAUCGCUCCCUUACCCUUUCUCCAGCCUCGACAGUGAUCUGCGUCGACACUUCCAGCUCUCGGAGGAACAGGUCGAAAAGGCUAAAAGCGUGACCGGCGGCAGGACGCUGAUAGCAUGUGGGGAAUACAACACGAAGGGAUCCCUCGAGCUGUACGGUCUGUCUUCUCCCGGUGCCGACGACGCCUCGGAGUCACGGGUUAUCGAAAACUCGACAAUGAAGAACCGGCAAACGGCAUCGCAGUCGAAGCUCCUCUCUGUUAUCAACCACGGCACUUGCAUCGUUUUCUCUGACGGACAGGGCUAUCUGAAGUGGUUCGAGAGGGACGGCUUCACGGAAGUGCGGCGUCAUAAAAUAGGGAAAUCGGAAAAGAUACUCCAUCGCUCGCUGUUCGGGUCGAUGCCUGGGUCGGACGACAUUGCGCGGAAGAUUCUGUCUACACAACCCAGCGGGCAGGAUGGGGAGACUCAGGUCAACAAGGAUGAUAUACUAUUUUGGACCGGUGAGAAGUUGGGCGUGCUCGGCUUUUCAUCCCAGACCGGGUUUUCCGCGGAGGAUUUCGAAGAGAAUACCAAGACGCCGGACGAAAUGGCGGCAGAGGAGGAGGAGCAGAUGUACGGCGAGAGGAUGAGGCUAGCCUUAGAACGACAGGCUAACGAGGUCCGGUUCGUACAGGACCUUGGAGCUGGCAAUCUUCGCAACGGGCCCUAG